AUGAACAGGGGUGACAUGCGCCUCGUGCUCAAGAAGAUCGAGGACCUGGCGCGGUACGAGGCGGAGGGCAUGAGCCUCGCGGACGCGGCGCUGCAGGUGCUGGGGCGCGGCGGCCAGCGCGAGCGCGAAGCCGCACAGGUGGCUGCAGGGGACGUCGCGCGGGACCAGGUGGCGGGAGAUGCCGCCGGCGGGGGCCACACGGCGGGGCCGUCCCGGCUGGCAAGGGGCGGGGCGGCAGGCAGCCGGGGCCGCGGGCGGGGGCCGCCUCUGUUCAGCAACCCCUACGGCCGCGCGCCGGGCCCUGCGCCGGCAGCUGCGCCGCGGCCAGGGUCGGCUGCGGCCCAUGCUGCGGCCGCCGAGGCCGCGGCUGCGGCAGCGAUUGCGCGGGCCAUGGCCAGCAUGCAGCCGCCCGCCAGCAGCGGGCUCAACCUGCGGCCCGGGACUGCGCCCCAGCAGGCUUCGCAGCAGCAGCAGCAGCAGCAGCAGCAGCAGCAGCAGCAGCACUUGAUGGCUCUCAUCAGGCAAGCUCAGCAGGCACAGCUCAGGACGUCGCAGCAGCAGACAGACGCGAUGACGGCCGCGCAGGUGGAAGCGAUGGCCGCCAUUUUGAGGCAGCGAUCGCAGGGCGGCGGUGGCGGAGGGGGAUGA